AUACAGCACAGAACACAGUCGUACAAUUGAAAGGAUAGGAGGAAAUUAUCACCUAGAUACAUUGCGCUUGCGUUUUUCACUUGCCAAACUUCCGUGCUCUUUCCACCAUGGUGGAACCAGCUGGGGUGAACUUCUAUCUUUGACAAUUCAUGGAAAAUGAGCCGUGGGUUGUUAUAAAAAUUUGAGCUGGACUGCAAUUCUCUCUUUGUCCCAUAUUGACAACCGAUGAAAAAUGAACCUGGGAUUAUGUUAAUGUGAAUGGUAGUAAUAAUAAAUUUGAGCUAAGGUGCAAUUCUAUCUUUUCCCCACAUUGACAAUUCAUGGAAAAUGAGCCAUGGCCUCCUAUAAAUACCAGAUCUGAAAGAGGGGAAUGCCAAAGAGAAAAGCCCUUCUUAUUCAGCUGGAUUCAUCUUCUCUAACAACGAAGAUAACAGCACCACUUAGAUUUUAUUUUUUCUCUGUCUUAUUUCCUCACUAUUAAGAUGGCCAAAGAUUUAUGUUCUUUAUGCUGCUGCUCUUGCUGCAGUUUACAGUCCCCUUCUCAGCAACCUAUUCAACAACAAUCUCAACAAUCUCUUGUACAACCACCACCCAUCUCUAUCUCUUCACCUCCUCACCAGAAAAGCAUUACAGGGCAUUCCACCUCCUCCUCGCCUUCACAACCUUCUGAACAUGGGGGCACUGCCACUAUGACCAAUUUUAAGAAUUUUCUGCAGAAGUUCAAUGAUAUAAGCCAGAUUGAGGGUCUAAUUCCGGUUUUAGAGGAGCUAUUGAAGAUCGCGUCGGGAGAGAGGAGUGGUGGAGGAUCUAAUACAGCGGUAGCUUCUUAUAUCCAUGAUGCCCAAAGAAUCCUGGAGAUGCUAGAUACACGCAUUGGCAAGCGUCCUGUAACGAAAAAUCCUACGGAUAGUGUAAUUGAAGAGAUUGAAAAAGUUUGUAUAGAAGUGCUCAAAGGCUCGGAGAAAAUUCCUAAAGUAGGAAGGGCACUUUGUAUGUUGGGAUCUGUAUUAGAGAGAUUUAGUAAGAUGUCUGACAACAAGAGUGAAUACCUUGUAGUUUUGAAAAGGAUGCUUAAUCUUGGGAAGCAAAUUCUGCAGUUGAAUGAGCAAAUUCCAGAGCAGAAGCAGAAACUAAAUGAGGGAAUUCAGUGCAUUGUUGAAGGAAGCAUCAUGUGCAUCUCCCAACUUGCAAGAGCCAACAUUUUCAGGUUUCUUACCGCUACAGUGAAUGCCGAUACUUUAAAGGCUUUUCAACUCAAAGUAGACCGCUUGUAUGAUGACAUCCAAUUAUCGACUACAAUUGCAAUAGGGGAAAGAGUAACUGACAUUAGGGACAGAGUGCCCAAGAUUGCUUCACAAUCUCGGAAAAUCUAUGCAUACCAACUCAGAGGUAGGAUAUUUUUCAACUAGAAUGAUAUUUUCUUAUCAUGUUUUGUGUUU